AAUUUAUAAUUGUGACUCUGUGCUUCGACAUUUGUGGAUUGUGGACAUUUUGUAGUUUGUAGUCUAUACAUCUAUUUGAUUUUGAUUGAUGGUAUUGAAAUUCGUUCGUUAGAACUUCUAAACAUAGACGCGUUAAAUAGUGAUAAAGAAGUGGGCCAUAGCGUCGUUAUUAGUGUUCAUGUUUUGGCGUUACACACAAUUAAACAAUCAGAAGCUAAGCCACAUUCUGUGGGAGCGCCUAGAUGUUGAGCAAUGGUUUCCGCAAAAAUUAAGUACAGGAUUUGAGUAUUAGGACAGCUUUUUGCUGUAGGUUCAUCAAGAGUGAGAGCUGUGGUGUGGAGGACAUGUCUAACGUGGAGAACGUGUGUCCACAAGUGCUGCGUGGAGUCGCGCGAGAGUUGCGUCGGCUCGCAGCUAAUCCGCCUGCUGGCAUCAAACUUGUGUUGCGGGACGACGACCUCACUGAUGUAGUGGCUCAUAUGGAGGGUCCCGCGGGCACGCCUUACGCAGGAGGCACAUUCCGCGUGCGCCUGGUACUGGGUCGUGAGUUCCCUACCGCGCCGCCGCGCGCUUACUUCCUCACCAAGCUCUUCCACCCGAACGUGGCGCCCGACUCGGGCGAAGUCUGCGUGAACACGCUGAAGCGCGACUGGCGGCCCGAGCUGGGCCUGGAGCACGCGCUGCUCGCCGUCAAGUGUCUGCUCAUCGCGCCCAACGCGGAGUCCGCGCUCAACGCCGAGGCGGCCGCGCUACUGCGGGACCGCUACGACGACUACUUCGCGCGCGCCAAGCUGCUCACAGACAUACACGCGCGCGCGCCCCAGCCCGCGCCGCCGCGCCGCCGGGAGGGCGGCGACUCGUCGGACGGCAGCGCGGCUAGCGGCGCGGCCGCCGACGGCGACAGCGGGCCGCAGGCCAAGCGCGAGCGGCGCGGGGGCGCGGGGCAGGGCGCGGGCGCGGGGCCGGGCGCGGGCGCGGGCCGGGCGGCGCGCCGCGUGCUCAAGCGGUUAUGAGGCAGCUCGGAGCACGGCCGCGCCGCGCGACUCGGCACCUCGCUGCUGCCUGGCCGUUGACUGGCCGCUGAUUGGCUCCCGACUGGCCGCUGGCAGACGGCUGCUGACUGGCCGCUGACUGGCGGCUGACUGCCUCCUGACUGGCCGCCGUCUGGCCGCUAACGGACAGCGUCAUUAAUGCGCGAUUUGUAAAGUGUUAUUAGACGCGAUUGAAUUUGACAAAAUUCGUAUUACAUUUUGAUAAUUAUCAAAAGUAAUGCGGUUUUUACGGUAGGACUUGUAAAAUAAAUUGUGUUUCAUAAAUAUAAUGUUAUUUUGCGUCAACUGAACAAAAAUCACGGCCCGUUUUUUGUAAUAAAUAAGUAGUUAUAGUUGUAAUUAUGGUAUUCCUAUUGUUUUAGAUUAGACUUGGACUUUAAUUAAUAUAAUAGUGACAAAUAUGA